AUGUCGGUUCUUUCUAAUUCGAAAUUACAGGGAUAUAAUGAAGAAAAAUCCAAGGAGAAAGCUCGUCUGAAGAAGAAGCACAAGAGAAGGGCCCUUAAAGGGAAGCUGAAAGAGAAAGCAAGUGAAACAAAAGAUGGAGGAGCACCGGUUAAUAGUGAUGAAGUCAACAAGCUUGAAUGCCAUAGCGAUUCCAGUACGAGUUCAAAAUCUAGCUCCAAAUCAGCCUCGAGCUCUAAAUCUUCCGUCAGUUCCAAAUCCGUCUCGAGCAAAUCUAACUCUGACUCUGGUUCGAAAUCCGGCUCGGAUUCGGGAGGUAAGAAAACCAAAUUGAAGAAGAAAGGGCUGAAGCAGAAGGCAAAAGAAACUUCUUUCCCUGCUGAAGAGGGUAAAGUGCCAGAAAAGAAGAAGCUCACAGAAGCUGAAGAGGAAAUUGAGGCCAAGGGUGCAGAGAAAACAGAAAAUACAACAACGUCAAAGGAAGAAGAGAGCAAGGGAAUAUCAGAAACGAUCAAGGAUCAGCUUCCUGUUUAUGGAAAGAAUGCGGUGGAAAAAAAUACUGAAACUUCGAUAUGA